AUGAGACGUAGAAGUGGACCAAAAGGGCGUCUUGAAUUAUUCAACUUCGGACAUUCAAGUCUGCGCAAUGUUCUUGAGCGUUACUUUUGA